GGGAGGAAGCGGCCUGGAAGCCGCGGAGAGUGGACGCCGCCAGCCCCGGAGCCGCGCCUGCAGCCUUUUUGAGGCCUGAGGAAAGGUGCAACCCAGCAGGGACCCAGAGCUCCUGGAAGGAUGGUACGGAUCUUGGCCAAUGGGGAAAUCGUGCAGGACGACGAUCCCCGCGUGAGGACCACUACCUCGCCUCGCAGUAGCACCCCUCGACAGAGCUUUCUCAAUAGGGGCCACGGUGCCCCCCUGGGGGGUCCUGGCCUCCGGCAGCAGCAGGGGGCGGCCAGGCUAGGUGCUGCUCAGUCCCCCUUCAAUGACCUCAACCGGCAGCUGGUGAACAUGGGCUUCCCCCAGUGGCAUCUCGGCAACCACGCCGUGGAGCCGGUGACCUCCAUCCUGCUCCUCUUCCUGCUCAUGAUGCUGGGUGUGCGAGGACUCCUGCUGGUGGGCCUCGUCUACCUGGUGUCCCACCUGAGUCAGCGGUGACCUCUGCUGGGGCCUUGGGGUGAGAGCAGGCACAUGGGAGGGGAUCUAGUGGUGCCUUGAAGAUGUGCCCAGAAAACACCGUGUCCGCACUGUGUUACGCAUGAUGCAGAGGGAACCUCUAGUCCAGUAGUCCCAAAGUAUCGGGUGCACACUCUCUUUCCCUUGAGAUGUUUUUAGAUAGUAUCGGGCCCAUUAAGCACAAAAUCAGAGCAAGAAAGGGAUUCCCUUUCCAUGUUCUUCCAAUCCUGUUAU